GCUGCAACCAGUCCUGCCUCUCCGCUGGGUGUCAGUCGGGAGGCGGACCACAGGAAACGCUCGAGGAAAAACCGAGUCCGACUGAAUGAGAGAAUCAGUCACAAUUCUGCAACUGCUGCAGACGGCUAGUGGAACUCGGGAAGGAGGGAGGGAGGCAAGCUGGAACUACACUAGCUAUAAAUAGACAACAACAGGACUUGUAUGUAGAGCGCUGAUGUUGACACAGUUGAAACAACAGCGUUUAUAUUAAUACUUUUAAGUCCGGAUAUUUUUGUGGAGAUUUACCCCUUUCCUGCUCAGUGAUGUUGGAAAGCAGCGUCAAGGUGCUGAAAGAAGGUCUGAUGGAGAAAAGGAGCGAUGGUUUGCUUCAGCUAUGGAAGAAGAAGCGCUGCUUUCUAACGGAAGAGGGGCUUCUCCUUCACCCACCGAAACAGCACGACCAGCAGCAGCACCAGAACCAUCACCAAAUCACGGCCAGCGAGCCCGGCAAGAUCAAAGAACUGCUCUUUUCCAACAUGAAGACGGUGGAUUGCGUCGAGAGGAAGGGCAAAUACGUUUAUUUCACAGUGGUGAUGGCAGAGGGCAAAGAGAUUGAUUUUAGAUGCCCCCAAGACGAAGGCUGGAAUGCCGAAAUCACUUUGCAAAUGGUACAGUAUAAAAACAGACAGGCUAUCCUGGCAGUGAAAUCGACCAGACAAAAACAGCAGCACCUGAUAGUAGCACACGGGCACAACAUCAUCAAGAACUCUCUAGCGUGAUGCACAGGCAGCAAACUGGGGCUGGAGCCCCGAGAACAGCGGUUACGAACGGGGCACAUUCAGCCAGUGGAAGGAUUCAUGCAGCUUGAUUUUUUUGUCUUCUGUUGAUCGAUGGACUGAGAACAAGUCACCAUAAAUUCGAACUGAAAAACUGGCAAUUCAUUUGAGAUGGAAUCAACAUUGUGGAAUAAGACAUCCGUUUUCACAAAGCUUGUCGUUUUAUAGACUAUAAACUCAUUUAUGAGAACUACGAUUUGAAAUAUUCACACUCAGCAUGGAACGAAACGCGAUAUUGUAUUUUAAUGUAUUGUAUUUAUUAGUUAAUUAUUACUUGCUAUACUAUGUAUGACAUUGAAUGUAAGAACGCAGUCUGCUAAUGGAAGUAUAUUGUUCUGCUCUCGUCGAAUCCACUUGAAAGCUAUCCUUACCAGUUGGCUAUAUUUGAAGGAUGAGACUAAAAAUGUAUAUGGCAGUAUGGCACAAGUUUAAACCGUUAGUGUAUUAUUAAAUGUUUAAGAUCAGCUAUACUAUGCUGCACCUGUUACGUGUUUCCUGUAAAACAAACAGUCGACAAAUACACAGUACCAUUUAUCCUAAGCAAUUAUGCAGUUCUUUCUCAAGGACAUGAAUGUUUAUACUCACUAAUAACCUGAGCUGGUUACUAAAGUAACAUUGUUCAGAAUGAACCAAAAUGUAACGCGUAGGAAAUGCAUUGUGCAAUUGUUGUCGGGGUCAUAUCAAACAAUAAGAUGAACCAAAGACCUGCAUAUUAUUACACUGUACCACUUCUUUUAAAAAGUUAUCCUCAUAGUUUGGAUGCGAUUUCAACAAAAACCGCUCCCACAGGAAACAACGUUGAAACCCUUACCAAAAAACGUACCUCUUUCUGAAAUGAAGUGUCCCUGUUAAUUUGAAAGAAAUGAAACUGUUGUCCCUAUUAAGGUAGAUUCAUAGUCUUUCCCGUUAGGUUCAUGGUGAAUAUGAUACGAUGGUCUCUAAACUGUAAACUGCUACUGUGAUGUAACAAUUGUAGUUGGCAUUCCAAGCACAGCUGUAAUAACUGUGAUGUCAUUUCUUUGUUUCGUAUAUACUGUACUUUGGCACUGACAUGUGGCUCUGUUACAGCGUGAGAGCUAUUUUCAUACCUUUCAAAAUACAUUCCAUUUCAAAAGAA